AUGGAAUAUCGAUAUCUUGGAAAUUCUGGCUUAAAAGUGAGUGUACUCUCUUUAGGCUCUUGGAUUACUUUUGAACAAACCUCGGAAAUCGUUAAAACAGCUCUUGAUUUAGGGGUUAAUCAUUUCGACGUAGCCGAGAGUCAUGCCGGCGGACAAGCAGAGAUCGACCUAGGUUUAGCCCUUAGAAACCAAAAGGGUCUAAGACGAUCCGAUUUUGUUAUUUCCACCAAAGUCUUUUGGGGCGGUAAAGGACCUAACGACCGAGGAUUAUCUCGAAAGCACGUAUUUGAAGGCACGGUGGCGUGCUUACAGCGACUUCAGUUGGAUUAUGUCGAUAUUCUAUACGCACAAAGACCUGACCCGGAUACACCAAUGGAAGAGAUUGUGAGAGCAUUUAAUUGGUGUAUUGAUAAGGGUAUGGCGUUAUAUUGGGGAACCAGUGAAUGGCCAUCCUUUUUAAUCACAGAGGCCAUGAACGUGGCUAGCCGGUUACAGCUGAUUGCACCCAUCACCGAAUCACCUCAAUACAACAUGUUGAAUCGCGAACGCGUGGAGAAAGAGUAUUUACCAAUGUAUCAAAAAUAUAAUCUAGGCACAUGUAUAUGGUCUCCUUUAGCAUCGGGUUUAUUAAGUGGAAAAUACAACGAGGGUAAUAUCCCUCCUUUUACGCGUUUAGCGAUCCAGGAUCACCCCGUGAUCAAUCGAUUAAGAUCAGGCUUCUUUAGUGAGGAAGGCAGAAGAAAGUUGGAAAAGAUCAAAAUGAUGUGUGUAAGGCCCAGAAUCAAAAAAAAAAAAAAGUGUGCAUUGUGUAUGUAACCCCGCCUCUCUUGUAUAUAUAUAAAUUUUUCAGGGAAUUGCAGCACGUAUUGGUUGCACGCCAUCCCAACUCGGUAUUGCUUGGUGUCUGAAAAACCCACAUGUUACAUCGGUCAUUAUCGGUGCAUCCACACCUUCACAAGCAAAAGAAAAUAUCCAGUCACUUGGAAUUAGAAAACUAUUGACAGAGGACAUUAUGAAUGAUUUAGAUAGGGUAAAUUUACAUCUUUUGAUUUUAUUAGCACAUUGUUUUGUUU